AGUAAAGGCAGCGGCGGCGGCCGUGAGGAGCCCAUUGUGGGGAGGGACCGCCCGAGGACGCCGGGGCUUUGGCCUGCGGCUGGAUUAUUCGUGAUGGAGUGGCAGCCCGAUGAGCAGGGUCUUCAGCAAGUUCUUCAGCUGCUCAAAGACUCUCAGUCACCAGACACUGCAACACAGCGUGCAGUGCAACAAAAAUUGGAGCAGCUGAAUCAGUAUCCAGACUUCAACAACUACCUGAUCUUUGUCCUGACCAGACUGAAAUCUGAAGAUGAACCUACACGGUCCCUCAGUGGCCUCAUUCUCAAGAACAAUGUCAAGGCUCACUACCAGAGUUUCCCACAGGGGGUUGCUGACUUUAUCAAGCAGGAGUGUUUGAAUAAUAUUGGAGAUGCCUCUCCACUCAUCAGAGCAACCAUAGGUAUUUUGAUUACUACCAUUGCUUCAAAGGGAGAGCUCCAAGCUUGGCCAGAGCUCCUGCCUCAACUCUGUAACCUACUCAAUUCUGAGGACUAUAAUACAUGUGAGGGAGCCUUUGGAGCUUUGCAGAAGAUUUGUGAGGAUUCAUCAGAGAUGCUGGAUAGUGAUGCCCUGAACAGACCCCUCAACAUCAUGAUUCCCAAGUUCCUGCAGUUUUUCAAACACUGUAGUCCUAAAAUCAGGUCCCAUGCAAUCGCUUGUGUGAAUCAGUUCAUCAUCGGAAGGGCUCAGGCACUGAUGGACAAUGUCGAUACCUUCAUUGAGCAUCUCUUUGCACUGGCGACAGAUGACGAUUCUGAGGUGAGGAAGAAUGUGUGUCGGGCACUGGUGAUGCUGCUAGAGGUUCGGAUAGAUCGUCUUAUCCCACACAUGCACAGUAUAAUCCAGUAUAUGCUGCAGAGGACGCAAGACGCUGAUGAAAACGUGGCAUUAGAAGCAUGCGAGUUCUGGUUGACAUUGGCUGAACAACCAAUCUGUAAGGAGGCAUUGUCAGGACACCUAAUACAAUUGAUUCCUAUCUUAGUGAAUGGAAUGAAAUAUUCUGAGAUUGACAUCAUACUUCUAAAGGGUGAUGUAGAAGAGGAUGAAGCAGUUCCAGAUAGUGAGCAGGACAUCAAACCCCGUUUUCAUAAGUCCCGCACAGUUACACUCCAGCACGAAGAGGAUGCUGCUGAGGAAGAUGAGGAUUUUGAUGACGAUGAUGAUGACACGCUCUCCGACUGGAACCUGAGAAAAUGUUCGGCUGCUGCACUGGAUGUCUUGGCUAAUGUUUUCCGGGACGAUCUUCUGCCUCACCUCCUGCCGCUACUGAAAGGGUUGCUGUUCCAUCCAGAUUGGGUUAUUAAAGAAUCUGGGAUCCUGGUUCUGGGAGCAAUUGCAGAAGGUUGUAUGCAGGGGAUGGUCCCUUAUCUCCCCGAGUUGAUCCCACACCUUAUACAGUGUCUGCCAGAUAAGAAGGCACUAGUGCGCUCAAUUGCCUGCUGGACACUCAGUCGCUAUGCGCAUUGGGUGGUCAGCCAGCCACCAGACCAGUAUCUCAAACCACUGAUGACUGAACUUCUGAAGAGAAUCCUGGACGGAAACAAGAAAGUGCAAGAGGCUGCGUGCAGUGCGUUUGCUACGUUAGAGGAGGAAGCCUGCACUGAACUGGUCCCAUAUCUCAGCUACAUCCUUGACACGCUGGUCUUUGCAUUUGGGAAAUACCAGCACAAGAACCUGCUGAUUCUGUACGAUGCCAUUGGUACAUUGGCUGACUCUGUGGGACAUCACCUCAAUCAGCCAGAAUACAUCCAGAAACUAAUGCCUCCCCUCAUUCAGAAAUGGAAUGAGUUGAAGGAUGAAGAUAAGGAUCUCUUUCCUCUGCUGGAGUGCCUCUCAUCAGUGGCCACUGCACUGCAGAGCGGCUUCCUCCCGUACUGUGAGCCUGUCUAUCAGCGCUGUGUAACACUUGUGCAGAAGACACUUGCCCAGGCCAUGAUGUACAACACGCAACCAGACCAGUACGAGGCUCCAGACAAGGACUUCAUGAUUGUAGCUCUGGACUUGCUAAGUGGCUUGGCAGAGGGUUUGGGUGGUCACGUGGAGCAGCUAGUGGCUCGAAGCAAUAUCAUGACCCUUCUCUUCCAGUGUAUGCAGGAUACAAUGCCUGAGGUUCGGCAGAGCUCGUUUGCACUUCUGGGAGAUCUCACCAAAGCUUGUUUCCAGCAUGUCAAGCAGUGUAUAGCUGAGUUCAUGCCAAUCUUGGGAACCAACCUGAACCCGGAAUUUAUUUCUGUGUGCAAUAAUGCCACCUGGGCGAUUGGGGAGAUUUGCAUGCAGAUGGGUGCUGAGAUGCAGCCAUAUGUAUCACUGGUUCUGAAUAACUUGGUGGAAAUCAUUAACAGACCAAACACUCCUAAGACUUUGCUUGAGAACACUGCUAUUACCAUUGGCCGUCUGGGUUAUGUGUGUCCCCAGGAAGUUGCACCUAUGUUACAGCAAUUCAUCAGACCAUGGUGCACAUCUCUGAGAAAUAUCCGUGAUAAUGAAGAGAAAGAUUCUGCCUUCCGUGGGAUCUGUAUGAUGAUUGGAGUGAAUCCAGGUGGCGUGGUGCAGGAUUUCAUUUUCUUCUGUGAUGCUGUUGCUUCAUGGGUGAACCCAAAGGAUGACCUACGUGACAUGUUUUACAAGAUCCUACAUGGCUUCAAGGAGCAGGUUGGUGAGGAGAACUGGCAGCAGUUUUCUGAGCAGUUCCCACCACUUCUGAAGGACAGGCUGUCUGCAUUCUAUGGCGUAUAGCUGAGAUUAAGGGAUACCACGUCAGGUUUCUGUUGCUGGGAGGGCUACUGGGAAAUCAUCCACAUCUUGGAGUUGCACUGCCCUGUCACUGGGGGGUUAGGGUGGAGCUGGUGGGACAAAAACAAGCUCCCUUUCUCUGAAAAUAUAGGGGGGAAUAGAGCCUCUAAACCAGAGCAAACUGGAUUAAUUAGCGGAGGGAUCUUGCACACCUUCUGUCUGAAGAGAAUCUUCCACUACACAUGGACAUUCCAAAGUUCUCGAGGGUCAGAUCUCUCAGUUGAACAACUUGGGAGGGGGUAAAGUGUGGGAAUUUUAGGAAAAAAAUUAAAUAUAGGCAAGCUUAGUGAAGAAUUCCACAAGAUUAACAAUCAGCUAGAUUCAAGCAGUCUUGUCCACAUCUAAAUUUGGGACGUUGCAAGUCUGAUGCUUGUGCUGUGGUUUGAGUAGAUGUUUUUAAAAUUAAAAGGAAAACAAAUUUUUUUAACACAUUAAAACUAGAAAGCGUACCAAGCUUUGUAUUGUCACAUAGAUAGCCUAGCAGUCAUCCAAGAGAGUCACUGUGUAAAACCAGACUGCAUGGAGGUGAGCUGUAAUAGUCUAGUGAGCUCUGAAUAGAACAUAAUAAGUCGUAAUGUGUGUAGAUCAAGGCUUCACUACCAUUUCCAAUGGGUCACAAUGUGGAGAGACAUUCAGCCCUCUGCUCCCCUCGAGGCCGGAAGUGGACAGGAGAGGCCGGUCUGAAAGCCUGUAACCCUGAUACUGUAAUGAAGCAAGUCUGUACUGUCAUUCUGUGGCAAUGCCCUGGUGAACUAUGAACUGUUGGGUUUGUUUUGUGAUAAUGUGCUGCUGCAUCUUCUCGUCUCCAUAUCCUUAAUGCAAAUGUGUAAACUAAAUGGCAAGUGUUAAAAAAGAAAAAAAGCAAACCUUUUAUAAAAAAAAAAGACUUA